AUGAACAGGUCUUCAUCUUUGAAAAAAUCUGGAAACUACUCUGAAAUUGAUCCUGAAUCUGGCUACUCUUUAAACUCAGGUGGUAACUUGGGUAGAAAAAAGUCUUUGAUUAGAACAGAAAGAGCAAGACUAGAUAACCCUGACCAUCCAAAUUACUACUAUAACCAAGUCGUUAACCAAGAAAUAGACCACAUCUCUGUUCAGCCUUCAAAUUCUGGCCUAGAUCCUUCAAUAUCAAAUCAAACUGAUAUUUACAGAUCCAAC